AUGCAGGAUACGACCUCCGCAGCUUCUACUUCGGGGGUCUCGAAACAACGAACCCCACAGCCGACUUAUAAGCACGGGAACGAGGAACAAGGCAAGGAUAGGUUCCCACUGGGAACACGGGCUAGUCAGCUCGCUCUCAUCCAAGCACACCACGUCGCCGAGAUCCUCGACUCGCUCCAUCCCGGUGCGGGGUAUUCGUUCCCUGUAGCUCCGAUGAGCGUGGCGGGGGAUCGGAACAAGAAGGAUCCGUUGUACUUGUUGACGAACCAACAGGCGGGAACUGGGCAGAGCGAGGUCUUGCAACAAGAAGCUACGGCCAAGACCCAGAUCGCCAAAUCCCUGUGGACGGAAGAGUUGGAAGAGGCGCUCAUGGAACGGAAACUCGACGUGAUCGUCCACUGUUUGAAGGAUAUGCCUACGCAACUUCCGGAGAACUGUGAAAUCGGAGCCAUCUUGACGAGGGAAGACCCGCAUGAUGCGCUCGUCGUGAAAAAGGGACUGGGGUAUGAGAGGCUGAGCGAUCUGCCAGAGGGGAGUGUGGUAGGGACUAGUAGUGUGAGGAGGAUCGCACAGGUUAGGAAGAUGUACCCUGGGUUGAAGGUCAUGGAUAUCAGGGGCAACUUGGACACCCGUCUUCGCAAGCUGGACGACCCGAACGGCCCGUUCUCCGCCAUCAUCCUCGCUGCGGCAGGGAUGAACCGGAUGGGCUGGCAAGACCGGAUCACGUGUACGAUGAAGUCUCCAGAGAUCCUCUACGCCGUCGGUCAGGGAGCUUUGGCAUUAGAGAUCCGAGCGGGGGACGCUAGGGUCAAGCAAGCGCUGAGACGGGUAGGGGAUUGGAAGGCCGAGUGGGGGACGGGGGCGGAGAGGGGGUUGUUGAGAGAGUUGGAAGGGGGGUGUUCGGUACCCGUUGGGGUCGAGGCGUUUAUCGAGGAAGUUUCCGAGACCGACAUCGAGGAUCUCGUUCGACCGUUCGACAAGGACCCGGAAGAGGUCAAGGACGAUGCCCCGCUACUGCAUCAGUCUGGACGAGGUAAACUCGCUAAACUGCACAUGACCGCCUGCGUGACCUCGCUCGAUGGGAAGAAACAGGUCGUACACGAUGCCGGGUGGGUGCUCGUCAAGGGUUUCUUGGAGGCCGAGGAGUGGGGUCAUCGGGUCGCGAAAGAUCUGAUGGGCAAGGGAGGCAAGGAGAUCUUGGACGAGAUCAACUUGGUCAGGCAGCAGAGGGAGCAGGGGUUGGCGUAG